AUGGAGUCCGUUCACCAUGUAUCGGUAUCGUCAAAGAUGCUUUUCAGUAAAGUGCGCAAGAUCGUACCCCCAAUGCUCGAGAAGUUCCAUAAAGGCCAACUUGGUCGGGUGGCCGUUAUUGGAGGCUGCGCAGACUAUACCGGAGCUCCAUACUUUUCUGCUAUGGCCUCCGCAAGACUCGGAUGUGACAUGAGCCACGUUGUCUGUGAACGAUCCGCAGCACCGGUCGUUAAGGGAUAUUCACCUAACUUGAUGGUACACCCACUGCUGCCCAGCAGCGAGACCGUUCAUGAUUUCAAUUCAAGUGAUGCGCCAUCACUGGCAAAACCGAUCAUCGGGAUGCUGUCUCGUCUCCACGCACUCGUGAUUGGACCGGGUCUUGGUCGCGACAGUGUGACCCUCCAAGUGGUCACAGAAGUGAUCAAAGAAGCGCGGUCCCAAUCAAUUCCAUUUGUGCUCGAUGCAGAUGGACUCCUUAUUGUCACGGAAGACCCGGAUUUGGUCAAGGGGUAUAAGAACUGUAUUCUGACGCCCAACGUCGUCGAAUUCGGUCGACUAGCCAAAGCUUUGGGUGUUAAAGUGUCCAGUCCCGCUGAAAUUGCACAAGAUGGGGGCAGCAACGCUAUCAGCAAAGAAUCCGAAGCCUGCGAGCAGCUUUCUCAAGCCCUGGGUGGUGUGACCAUCGUCCAAAAGGGCCCCCAUGAUGUGAUUUCUAAUGGUAUCACCAGUAUAAUUUCUGAUGUCAAGGGAGGAUUGAAGCGCAGUGGUGGUCAAGGAGACACUCUGACAGGUUCACUGGGAACCUUCCUCGCCUGGCGAGCGGCAUAUCACGACAAGUUGUGGGACUCGGACGAGAUUGACAACCAGAAGGAGGCGCAGAGCAAAGAAGAAGUACAGGCAGAGCUCACUUCUGAGAACAAGCGCAUGUCUCCCGCAACAAGUUUGCUGCUGGCCGCUUGGGCAGGCAGUGGAAUCACUAGGGAGUGCUCGAGGCGAGCAUUUGAAGCAAAAGGACGAAGCAUGCAAGCCAGCGAUUUAACCGAUGAAGUACAUGGUGCCUUUUUGCGACUGAUUGGCGAGCCAGAGGAGCCCAAGACACACCUUUAG